GUCUCUUAACCUUCAGCCAACCCGCGAUUCUAAGGCAGGAGCGUUCUGCCACACUUAUCACGACUGCCGCGCCUUAUUGACUUCUUCCCCUCCCUCUUCUUCCCAAGUUCGAUCUACAACAACUUCUCCAUCUUCACCAUCACUCGAGACCCCUCAUCCCAACAUCUACCGCUUUCCGUGGGCUCGGUCUUAUUCGGACGGAGCAAACCCGAGAGUCGAGUCGCUUUCGACUUUCCACCAUAGACAACCGCCAGUGAUACGCUCCAGAAGCCCGUAUCAAGAUGUCGUCGUCGAGCCCGAUGGGUCCGAGAAUCCAGGCCCAGGAUGUGCUUGUCAAGCUCACCGUGAAGCAUCCUCGCCCCGACCUACACUACCCAGAGCGACGGGUUACCCUUGAGCAAAAGAACACCAGCGUUCUGAUUAUUGGCCGGUCCAGCAAGCGGUUUGAUAACCUGGAGGCGAAGAGCGAUAACUGUUACUUCGACAGCCCGGUGAUGAGCCGUGAGCAUGCCAAAAUCACGGUCGACUGGUAUCACAAGAAACUGAACAUCAAGGAUACUGGAUCUCUGCAUGGCACAUAUCACAACUCCCAGAGAAUGCACCCGCGUGUACCCCGCGAAUUGCAGCAACGUGACACCAUCAAGUUUGGUAUCGACAUCCAGCGAUCCAACGAGCUGUUUCCGCCCUGCACUGUUGAGGUAGAGUGGGAGUGGGAUCACUUGGCCAAGACCACCCAGGCCCCGACCCAGAUCAACAUUCGGCCGUCAUUCGCAGUCCCUGACGACUCGGACAGCAGCGAUGAUGAUUACUCUACCGAAAGCGAUAUCCGCGCCACCAUCGAGAAGAUUCGCGAGGUGUACAAGCAAAAGCCGGCCGCAAACACAGCUAGCCUUUUCGCCAGCUCUAUUGACCUUACCAUGGACUCUCCCAUGCACGAGCCGGAGAUGAACGGGGAGGCUGAUGCUCCAAUCGUUAUUGACGAGGACAUCCAGAAGCUCCCACAGCCUGUCUCCUCGCCGCGCGAAGAGGGUCCGGCCGAUCUGGACGCCCCUCACGACGAAGAGGAGGUUUUGCCGUUCAGUCCCAAUAACCACCGCCAGCUUCCCCCUCCUUCAGUUUCUGGUGACGAUUCGGAUGAGUCUGACGAUGAGUCUUACGAUGAAGAGCUGUCCAGCUGCCCUGAUGAACAUCCUUCACCCCUGGGCCAGUUGCUCGACACAUGCGAAGAAGACAUCAACCUCAGCGACUGCGAGAGUGAUGGUAAUAGUGAAGAAGAAGACUUGGAAUCCGACAACGACAGUGGCUCAGACGUGGAGAGCGAGAAUGAGAGUCUGGCAGCCGAGCAAGAUCGUCUCAUGAUUGAUCACUACGACUGCGAGUCUGAGGUUGACCAGCCUGAUCAGCCCGACUCGACCCUUUGGGCAGAUGAGAGCGCGUCCUGCAUAUACUCACAGCCUCCACCAGACGUCAACGCAUCAUACCAACCCUGCUACAUGCCGGCCGCCUGGCAGCCGGAGCAACCGGGUGUUCAGUCUGCUGUACCACGCCCGUUCCGGUCGCUACCGAUGAUUCCACUUCCCGCCAUAGCCUGGCCGACACUGCCUGCCGUAGAGCAGGGAGAGCAGGGACGCCCGAACGACUUUCGGUUGCCAUCGAUCUUGAAUCCCCUUGAGUCGCAAACUGGCACCCUUCCCGAAGUCAGUAAUGAAGCGCAGUCGCUCUCUGCUAUUCAAUCAAUGGGCUACUCCGUCCAGCGAGAGGAAUUGUCAUCAAGUCUCACUCACUGGCAAAAGGCUUACGUGGAACCCAAGCCCGCCACUGAAUCGGCAGAGAAGGACUCCCAGAACGAUGGACCUUCGGCUGAAGCACUGGGCCACCUGACCGGAAAGCUCGAGUUUUUUGCUGCAAGGGAGCACAACAAGGCAACGAUGCGUCGUCAAGAGCAACAUCGAGAUGUUGUUGAACCCACCACCCAUGUUUCGAAGGCGGCCGAAGUGCCUGCCGAGGCUUCAGCGUCCGAACCUCAGCUCGUCACUACAUUGGACGGAGCCGCCGCUCUAGAGUCGGUGAAGGAGAUUCCCAAGUCCACCAAUGUCGCCCAGUCAGUUUGGUCAGCCUCCGGAACCAAGUUCCUCAAUACUCCCCAGGAAUUUCCCUUGUCCGAUGUGAGGAACACUGACCCCGAGCUCGACAUGACAAGCGCCUAUCAGUUCCACCAAAGCAAGCUUGCAUCAUCCAGCCAAUCCAAUAAUACAGAAACCGCUCAACCCGCUUCGAGUGAGCCCGAGCAGGCUCAGGAGACGACAACCUCGAAGUCUACCAAGCGCAAAGCAGAGGAUAUUUCUACUUUGGUACCUGAGGAAGAGGCUGCUGAGGCAGCUACAGCAGAAGCCCCAAAACAGGAAGGGUCUUCGGAGAACGUUGCGGAUGAAAUGAUGCAGGUAACUCCUCUCCACAGUCCGUCAACUAUCCCAGUUGUCGUCGAGUCUGUCGACGGAUCUUCACUCCCACCUUCAAAGCGUAUGCGAAGUUUCCUAAACAAGGCCGGAUACUUCCUGGGUGGAAGCGUGAUCACUGCGGCAGGUCUCGUGACGGCACUCGCUGCUACAGCUCCUGCUCUCUAGGUUUGGUUCUUUUCUGCGACUUUUAGCACAUAUUUGGUGUUUGGUUUCUUCGAUUACGGGGAGUGGGUCUGUGCCAUUUGACUGACCCAAGAUUGAGGUUCGGUACGGCGUCAUGGACUUGGAGGGUUGAUAUUUGGGACUGCUUCACCAGUAUGGGAGGAUGGGGAUGGAUUCCAAGUUGACUGCGCCAACUGGUUUGUUUUGGUGGACGCAACGAGGCAAAAUGGACAAGGGUUGUCCUACGAAGGGUUAUUCUAUACCCAAGCCUUGAGAUAUCUUGCUUUCUAUCUUUACCAUGGCUCUUUCCUUUUCACAAUAAUCGCUUUUUUCGUAGGCCUAAGGUAAUAACCGUAUCUUCACUCAAGUAAAUUGCGGCCCUGUGUCUUUGCGAAUAUGAGAUGAAGAUGCUGUCAGAUGUUGGAAGCAUGCUUCUGGGAAAGAUCGGCAGCUACUGCGCAAGGUUUCUUGGACAUUUCGUUUCCCUUGUCUUCCCUACUUCUAGAUUCAUUUUCCAACGUUCUACCUGACCGCUC